AUGCCUGUUCCGAAAUCUAUAAGAGGUGUAAACCAUGUUUCAUCAUCAAUAACACCAACACGUAUAACUCCUAUCGGUAUGAAUCCGAAAAUAGAACGGAAACAACAAAAACAUAAUACAUUCGAACAAUUAUCAUCAUCUUCAUCAUGGUCAUCUGCUUCAAUAUCAUCUCCAUAUCAACAGAGUGAUAAUUUAUUGACAAAAAAUUCAACAGCGAAAGAUGCUAUAGAUAAUACAGGACCACAUCCUAAAAAGAAUUCAACCAAAAUAACAAUGGCACAAGGACCAACCGCCACUGAGAAUGAGAAUAAAAAUAAAAACCCGUCAUCAUGGGAACCUGAAGAUGACAUUUUAUUACGUCAAUUGAAGGAACUCAAAAAAUUAGGUUGGAAAGAAAUUGCACAACAUUUUCAUAACAGAACUCCAAACGCUUGUCAAUUUAGAUGGAGAAGAUUGAAAUCUGGGAAUCUUAAAUCCAAUAAGACCGCUUUACUUGAUUUGUCCCAAUUAACGAUGGGUAGUGACAUUAAAAGGUCGUCUACUCCACUAGAGCCUAUCGUCUCUUCUAAUGGUUCUACUUCUGAUAAAUAUAAAGAUCUUAUACCCAAAUCAAACAAACCAAAAGCAGUUGUUUCGAUUAUUGAACCUAAGAGAAAAGAAACAAUAGAUGAUAAUACUAUUUCAACUUCAUUUAAUGGUUUCGUGUCUCCUAAGAAUAUACGUUCAAAUAUAUCCAUUGAUAAGACCCUGUUAUCACCUCCGCCAGGUUUACCAAAAUUACCUGCAUCUCAUACUAAUGCAACAAAGGCAUCAAAAUCUUUUGUAAAACCGAGAUCAUUUUCUCAUUCCGUAACACGACCAAAUUUCUCGACGUCACAAUCAUCUGUUGCAACAUCUAUGAAAUUACAACCUGAUGCAGAAAACAUUGGAUUUAUACCUAAAAUAAUAAUUAAAUCAAGGCGCAGUUCUUUUGCAACGAAUUUUAAUAACACUACUAAUAAUAUUAAUAAUAAUAUUAAUAAUAAUAUUAAUAAUGCUCCAACCAAUUCAAAUUUAUUAUCGACCAUGAAGACAACAUUAGUAACAUCAAAGUCAAGGAGAAAUUCUUUUCUUCCAUCUAGUCAUCAACAUCACCAUCAACAUACCUAUAUAAAUAAUAAUAAUAAUCAUUUGCACACUAUGAACCACCCCCAUCAUCAAUAUCAUCAUAAUACCCCAAGAAGACUAUCUUUCAACUAUAACAAUAGCAAUAACAACAGUAAUACUAAUUCAGUAACAAAUUCAAGAAGAUCAUCUAUGGUAAUGGCCCCAAAUUCAGCAAAUAUAGUUUUCAAUAACUAUCAACCAUCACUACCAAAUACAAGGAAAAACUCAAUUACAGUAUUAAGGAAAGAACAAUUACCGUCAGCUGUACAUACAAAUUCUAUUGAACCACAACAACAAGAACAGCGACACUCAUUCUCUUCCAAGUUCACUUUCAUUAAUUCUGAAAAUCCUCAUGCAAACCAUAGAGAUAGAAAAGAAUUGUUUAGUAUGUGGACAAAUGAUGAAGAUGACGUACUGAAAAUCGGUAACUCUAAAAAAUUAUCAGCAAUUGAAUUAUCUAUAUUAUUACCAAAUAAAUCAGAUAAUCAGAUUGAAACUCGUAUGAAAAAAUUAUUCACGACUAAGGAAGAAGAGCGUGAUCAUGACGAUGCGCUGGAUGGUGACCAUCUAAGUGUUCUGCAUUCAUAUUCGAAAAUGAAAACCGAUAUUAUUGAUGAUUCUGUUAAUGAGAAUAAAUAUUUGCCCACACCAAAAUUCUCACCUUCUGAUGAAUAA